AAGCUGUUUGCUCCGUUCUUUUAUUUCAAUAACUUAUUUAAACGGAUUAUUUUUAUUCAGCGGGCCGCCCGUCAAGAUGUAGAUUAGCCAAUACGCUGCGAUGCUUGACGUAGCUCACUGCUGACACCAGCCAGCGUCGGAGUGUGUUACGCGGCUACCGCCGUCUGCUAAACGAUCGAUGCGAACUGUGUUGUGUGCGUUGCUUUUUUAAAGAUUCGGCUUAGGGCCUAAUGUGGCGCCGCAGGACAGGAAAGUAGGUCGCUGUUGACAAUGCGGAGAAUAAGCUGACAAGCCUUAUCGCCCACAAGCCGACGAUCUUCCGCGGAUUUGGCACAGUGCUGAAGUGAAGAGCUGAGUGUGCCAUGUCAAUACCAAUCAGCCCGCUCCUGUCCCCGUGGCACGUGCCUCGUGCUCAUCGAUCUUUGGCGAGUGCAGUGCUCACCUUGAUGUCUCAUCCUUGGAUGGAUAUUUGAAUUCCCCACCCUACACGUUUUCUUUUUGUCGUCCACAAAUAAGACUGUACAAUGGCCCAGAGUGCAGAGGUGUACAUUCCAGAUGGAGGCUGGGGCUGGGUCAUAGUCACUUGCUCUUUCCUGAUCCACAUGUUUGUGGUGGGGACCAUGUACUCCCUCAGUGUGCUCUAUGUUGCCUGGUUGGACCAGUUCGACAGUGGGAAAGGUGCAACUAGCUGGAUCAUAUCCCUGGCUGUGGCUGUCAUGUUUGGGAUUGGUCCAAUCCCUGGUUUUUUGAGUAAAAAGAUAGGAAACAGGGCUGUUGUUGUGGUUGGAAGCAUAGUGAUGUCCCUUGGAUUCUUUGUCAGUUUCUUUGCCAUGAAUGUUUAUUAUUUGGUUAUAACUAUUGGGGUAGUUGCAGGAACCGGUGCUGGCUGCUGUUAUCUCCCUUCAGUUUCCAUGGUGGCUAUGUAUUUCACCACAAAGAGAUCAAUAGCCAUGGGAAUUUCAGCCUCUGGACUAGGAGCAGGGGCAUUUUUUAUGGCCCCAUUUCUGAACUGGAUUGUUGACUUUUAUGGCUGGCGGGGGUGCAUGUUGAUACUCUCAGGGAUAUCGUUGAACAUGUGCGUGCUUGGUGCCUUAAUGCGACCACUGGAGAAAGCCCCCAGAUUCAGGAACUGUCACAUGAUUAAAGACACGGAUGUCAUCUCCAUACAGGAAUCUCCGACUCUGCCUAGAAAAAGCUUGGGCAUGGGAGAUUGUGGUCUGUCUGCUGAAGAUUUGAAGAAAUGUGAGGAGAAGUGUGAAGAGAUGUGUAGAGACAGACAGGUGAACAGCCUGAUUAGGACGUGCAGGAAACCAAAUAUUCAUGUCUAUUGCAACUUGCCAGCCAGAGAAAUGAACCCGGGUAUGGCACCUAUAGCCUAUAACUUCCCCGCCCAUCCGGUGGUUGUACAUCAUACAGAUUUACCCCACAAAAAGGGGGAGAAGGAAGAAUUACCAUUGACCACAGGGCCGCAGUCAAACUGUGAACUCUUCUCUGUGAAAACACAAAGCCUAGAUAGGUACAAGCAUCCAUCUUGUCUCCAUGAAGAAAAAUUGCUCAGUCUUUUGAAUGACCAAGAUUUUGUUGAGUUUGACAGGUCGAACCUUCUAGGCAAAACCAAAGGAAGUAGUUUAGAAAUUCUAAACUCAUUAAAACAUUCAUCUGUUCAUUCCAAAAAACUUUAUAAAAGUGAAAUUGAGCUCCGGCCAAGGACUACAGAUAAAGCUUAUAAAAGUUUAUAUCCAUACCCAUCACUUAACGGCAUGCAAAUGAUGCUAUCUGGUAGUGUGAGUAGCCUUGUGUUCAUGGAUACAGCAUUUAAGGAGUCAUCUUCUAAACAAAGUGUUUACAGUAGAAACACAUCAAGUCACCUGCAACAAAAUUUAGUUUCUUCUUCUCUCUUGUCAUUAACAAAUAUUGAGGAAGCUGCAGCAGAGGAUGAAGAGAUCCAAGUGCAGUCUUGUUGUAACAAAGUAACAGCUUCACUUCAAACCUACCUGAAGCUGUUGCAGAAUCCUACCUUUCUAUUGUUCGGCAUCAGCAAUUUUUUGACAAAUCUAUCCUUUUUCAUGCCUGUCUUGUACAUGGUUGACCGUGCGCUAGAUAGUGGAAUAGAAAAAAGUGAAGCAGCAAUGCUCAUAUCCCUGUACGGUGCUGGCAACAUAUUUGGCAAGCUUUUCUUUGGCUGGUUGGCGGACCGUGAACUCCUGGACAGGCUGUUCUACUACAUAGCUUGCCUCACAGUGUGUGGGGUUUCAACGUGUGUCAGCCCUGUCUGUGGCUCAAGUCAUGAGCUGCACAGUGUGUAUGCAUUUGUGUUUGGUUGUUUUAUAGGGGCCUAUGCCACAUUGGUUCCAAUAGUGACUGUGGAUUUAAUGGGUGUCUCUGUUGUAGCUGAAGCUUUUGGUCUUUUGUUAAGUUUCAUGGGUAUAGCAACAGCCUUUGGUACUCCAGUUGCCGGUUGGAUAUUUGACUGGACAGGAAGCUACACAGUAUCUUUUAUUUUGCAUGGUGUUUUUAUUCUGGUCAGUGCCUUCAUGCUUAUCCCCCUUCUGGUGCUAAAAAGAUCCCAAAAGGCAUCAAAGUGAUUAAACAGUUAUUCGCAGAUUAAAGAUUGAAUGCUUAUUUGUGACAGGAUUCAUUGAUUUGAUCAAUCUAAAUGUGGUUUUAUUAUCAAUCUGCUACCUCUUGCUAGAUAUUAUUUUAUCAAAUUCAUUUAUACUAUUUUAAUAACUAAUGUUGUAAAUAUAUAAUUAAAUUCAAAGAAUUGUAGGUUUUUAAAGUUAUUACAAUAUAUAUAUAAUGGCUUGGUAGUUUGUCAUUCCGUCACUCAUUGGUAUGAGACCCAGAGCUUCAUCUGCAUGUGUGAAGGUGAGAAUUUUGUGGGGAUGGUCUUGGUCUUUGUAAAUUACCAGGGAAACACUCAGUGGUUCCUAAUUUAAACUUUGGAAAGGUCUCUGUUAGUGCCCAUGGGGCAAAGAGAUCUGGCCAGUACAUCACAUUUCAUGCAUACAUAUAUAGAGAGAGAAAGAGAGAGGGAUUGCUAGAUAAAUAUAUAAAGAUACAGAUAUAUAUCAAUAUUUGUAGGCAGACUAGAUUUUGCCUCAUUAAAAUUCCACAAGGGAUAUGGAGAACUACCCCCUUCUCUGCUAAGUCACUGUAACUUGGUAGCUGAUUUGUGCAAUGUAACAUAGCAGUUAUUAUUCAUGUUUUUAAUGUGUGUGAAUCAUGAAGAACAUACUAGCGUCUCUUUUGAUGUAUUAGGAAAGAAAGUCCAACACCACACAGAGCUAGAAUGUGUCUAAGAUUAAGAAACGUUACCCACUGAGAAAACAGCUAGACCAGUGGUUCCCAACCUUUUUCGAGUGGCGACCCCCUUUUAUAAAAAGUAAGUGACCCGCGACCCCCAUAGAAUUAAAAAGCCGAAAUUAGUAUGGAAAUUAAUAAGCACUAAAAUAAGAUUUUCUAGUAGACUUUCAAUAUGAACUACUCUUGAUAACUGUUUUAAUAGCAUGAGUAAAAUUGCAUACUAUUCACUAAACCUUCGUGGUUAACUUUUUAAUUACAUUUUUUUUUUGUUAACGCCAACCUAUAUCAUUAUAAUUAUCUUAAUUUUGUUUUUAAUCGAAGAAUAGUGUUGAAAAUAUAUUCUCGAAAAGUCAAUCAAUCGUAUGUUUGGGUACGAAUGGUGAAUACUACACCAAAAUUGUGUCUGCAGUUUUUCAUCUUACUCGGAAUCAUUCUGCAAAUAAAAGAACUCAUCUUGUAAUUCAACGAGAAUGCUGGCAACAUCAAGGGAAGAAGAGAAUAGGUAAUGCGUAAAUGCAGAUUCUUCUUUUUUUCAGCUCAGAGAAAUAGCGAUGCAGUCCGUUUUCAAGAGAUUCAAGAUGUCCAGAAAUAGCUUCUUUCGAAAUUUUAAAUAACUCAAAUUUACAAUAUUUCCAAGAUUUAUUUUAUUCGCCGAUUUUGCAGUUUUGAUAAAAGUGCCCCGAGAUUAUCAUGGAAAGUUAUAAUAUCCGUUCAUUUUACCUGAAGCUUCAGGUUAAGCUUAUCUUGAUGUUCGAACACAUCUGCUAGGUAUGGUACUCUCUCUAACCACCACUCUAUGUCGUUUUAAGUAUACCAAAAAGUCAUGUUUCCUUUGCACUUCCAAGAACAAUUUGAUUUCAGAUUUCAAUAAAAAACACAAUUUACAACAUUUCGUUUGACAGCCAGCGUACUGUAGUUUAGAAGAGUAGAACCUCGUGAUCUAUAUUAAUGUUUUUUUCUCAGUUCUUUGAAGGCUCCAGAUUUUAUAUAAUUUACGCCUUAUACUAGCAAUGAACUCUUGAUGUCAAUUGGUUAGGGUAGUGGUUAGGGAGCUAAAUCUUUUCUGUUUUCUGAAAGCCCGAUUUUGAGCUAAACAUAGAUGGCGCGCCAUCCGUACAAACCCCCACAGCCGUUCUAACCCAUUUUAAUCAUCCAGUUUCAAAAAAGGUAUUUAUUUUCUCCAUGUUAUCUUCACAAAAGUGCAACUCUUCUUUGCUAUCAUCCGCAUGAAUAUAGACACAGACCAGCAAAUGCGAACACGAACUCACGUCUGUUGAUUUAUCAACUUGAAAAGCAAACAAUGGUGAAAGCUUAAUUUCAAUAAAAAUGUGUUAUUUAACAUUUACGUACAUGAAGCGUUUGGUGAGAUUUUCUCCAAUUGUUUUUUUUUUUUUUUUGCUUGGCGUUUUCUAUCGCGACUUCAUUUGAUGCUUGCACUAAUGCUGGUGAAAACAUCCUGUUCGAUCAAGUCUCUGGCGUCUGCAACUAGCUUCUUACCGACGAAAGAACUCCAUAUAUUUCUGGUGUGUUCCGAAUGACUUGUCUCAAAUAACGUUUUAGUUUUGAAGAUUUCAUAGAUUCGUGACUGAGAACAACUUUGUACAGUGCGCUUUGUUUCUUCUCAAUUACAUUUCCAGUGAUGUUAAUGAAGCCGAAUUUCAAAAAUUCUUCUAAAUAUUUAUGUUGUGUUUCAAAUUACUAAGGUUUAGUAUACCAGUUGGCGACCCCCCAGAAAGACCUUCGCGACCCCCAGGGGGGUCGUGACCCCCAGGUUGGGAACCAGUGAGCUAGACAAUAGUGUUGUUAUAUGUUUUAUGAUUUUCAGUACUUUGAGAAAACAGCUAGACAAUAGUGUUGUUAUAUGUUUUAUGAUUUUCAGUACUUAGAUGUUUAAUAAAGACAAUUAAAGAAAACUAAGAUAUUAUUUACAAAUCCAUUUUGAAAUUUUAAAAGUGUGUAUAACUUAAAACAUGUUUUUGAUGCCAGUAUCAUAUUUUGUAAUAAAUUUGGUUGAAGUCUGGGGAAAAUAUUGCAAAACCCCUUUAUGCUUUAUUUUUUUGUAAAUAUGUGCAUAUUUUACUUUUAAAAUGUCUGUUUAAAACAAUUUCUUGUAAAAAUAUUAAGAACCAGAAUGGUAGCAAUAUUGCAAAUAGCUGACUGUUAGAAUGAAAUUAUAAAUCAAUUAUAGAAUUGUUAAUAAAAUGCAGUUAUGUUAUGUAUUGUAGAAAAAAAUUUUGUAAAGAUAUAAGUUCUAGUAAUGUUUUUUAAACUAAUAAUUAAGAUACUGUCAUUUUGAUUUAAGCCAUUUUGUUUUUGAAGAGCAGCAAAGGUUAGAAACCCUAAAAUUUUGUACACUACAAAUGAAUGUUGUAAAUGAGUUGUAGAACUCAUGUAAAAAAUUAUACGACCUUGAUGCAGUUUUUAAUUUCCUUUUCAGAACAAAUAUUAUUACCACAAUAGAUGUAUGUAACUUAUGGCCUGUUAUGUAAAUUAAAUGCCUGUUUUGGGUUGUGCUUUAAUACAUCAUGCCUUAAUUUUUUCACAUGCACUUUUACUUAAAAUAAAAUAACUGUUCUGGGUUCCAUAAAGAUAUUAAGAUUUAAACAAUAUCUUUUACUAAACCUUUACUUACCUUUCCAAUUUAAUUUCUCCAGUUUAGAUAAGAUAAAAAUCUCAUUGAUUGCUUUCUCUAAAGUUAAAAUAUUUCAAUCUUUUUUUUUGGCUAAUACACCUAUGCAAUGAUAUAUGGUUUUUCAAAUAUGAUCUAGGAAAUUGAAAUUAUACUGGGAAUUGAUCAAUUACUAAUAAUGUCAACUAUGACCCAAGGUACUAUUAUUAAAAUUGUUUAAGAAAUUGUGUUUGUGUUUUGAAGCUUGUUCUCACAAAGAUAAUGUUCUGACUUUGCUAUAUAUAUAUUACAUUGGAAAUUAAAAUAGUG